AAAUAAAACCAAACAAAAGAAAGUCUUUACCUUUUCCAUUCCGUUUGUUCUGUUUUCUGGGAAAAUAUUAUAAAACGCUAGAAUUGUUGGGUUUUUUCAUUUCUGCACAUACUUUGAUGUUUUGGAUCAUUCGUCAGACACCCAUUUGGCUAUUGAUUCGAAUUUCACUUGGGAAGCGGGGCUUUUGUUGAAAUUUGAGGAUUUUGAUUCUGCUCUGUGGUAGUUAGUGUUCGCUUUUGGUGGGGUUGUGGAGAUUUUAGAUAUCAAUUAGGGGAUUUGUCAGGUCAAAGGAUUUGCCUUUGAAGAUCUCAGACCAUUUUGGACUUUCGAAGAUUAUUUUGCGUUAUCUGAAGGAUUGAUUGAGCAAUAGACAGAAUUACUUAGGAGUUGUUUGGUUAGGGAUUUGUAUCCCGAUUUGAAUCAUAGUUUAUAGUUCGCUGCAGUUUUCUCUCACAAAAAAUAGAGGUAAAUGAAAAAUAGUUUUAAUAUUAUGAUUCUAAUCCAUGAACCAAACGUUUCCUUAGUUCUUUAAGUUGAGGUCGUUUAAAGAAGAACCCUUUUGUGAUCUUUGUAUUCUCAUUCCUGAUCAAAUUUGGCAGCCAUUCCUACAUUGAGCUUUUUUUUUUAUUAGUGAAGACAUAAUGGAUAUUAGUAACGAGGCCAAUGUUGAUCUAUUUCCCAUUGGACCUUCAACCUUAGUUGGCCGGACAAUUGCUUUUAGAGUUCUGUUUUGUAAGUCCAUGUCACAUUUGAGGCACCAAGUAUUCCACGCCUUGUUGCACCUCAUCUAUAGAUUUAGGGAGCUUUUGGCACCCAUGUUGUCAUGGUUGCAUCCCCGAAACCCGCAAGGGAUAUUGGCGAUGGUGACGAUCAUCGCCUUUUUGCUUAAACGAUACACGAAUGUGAAGACGAGGGCAGAAAUGGCUUACCGGAGGAAAUUCUGGAGGAACAUGAUGAGGACCGCGUUGACGUAUGAGGAAUGGGCUCAUGCCGCCAAGAUGCUCGAUAAAGAGACCCCGAAGAUGAGUGAAUCGGACCUUUAUGAUGAAGAACUGGUUAGGAACAAGCUAGAUGAGCUUCGCCAUCGUCGCCAAGAGGGAUCUUUGAGAGAUAUUAUCUUUUGUAUGCGUGCUGAUCUUGUUAGGAAUUUAGGUAACAUGUGCAACCCUGAGCUGCACAAGGGUAGGCUUCAUGUUCCCAGGCUCAUAAAGGAAUACAUUGACGAGGUUUCUAUCCAGUUGAGAAUGGUUUGCGACUCAGAUUCGGAAGAACUUUCACCGGAAGAGAAGCUCGCUUUCGUGCAUGAAACAAGGCAUGCUUUUGGAAGAACUGCCUUGCUCUUGAGUGGGGGUGCUUCUCUUGGUGCUUUUCAUGUCGGUGUGGUUAAAACACUAGUGGAACACAAGCUUAUCCCUCGGAUUAUUGCUGGUUCUAGUGUGGGAUCAAUCAUGUGUUCUGUUGUUGCCACUAGGUCUUGGCCUGAGCUGCAAAGUUUCUUCGAGGAUUCUUGGCAGUCGUUGCAGUUUUUCGAUCAGAUGGGUGGGAUUUUCACGGUCGUUAAGAGGGUCAUGACGCACGGUGCUGUCCACGAGAUCAGGCAUUUGCAAAUGAUGUUGAGGCAUCUCACAAGUAAUCUUACAUUUCAAGAAGCAUAUGAUAUGACAGGCCGAGUUCUUGGUAUAACAGUUUGCUCCCCUAGGAAGCAUGAACCUCCUCGAUGUCUUAACUACUUGACUUCGCCUCACGUUGUUAUAUGGAGUGCAGUUACUGCUUCUUGUGCCUUUCCUGGCCUUUUUGAGGCUCAGGAACUCAUGGCAAAGGACAGAAGCGGAGAGAUUGUUCCUUAUCAACCUCCGUUUAAUUUGGGUCCAGAGGCAGGGUCUACCCCUGUGCGCCGGUGGAGGGAUGGUAGCUUAGAGAUAGACUUACCUAUGAUGCAAUUGAAGGAGCUGUUUAAUGUCAAUCACUUCAUCGUGAGUCAGGCAAAUCCUCAUAUUGCACCAUUGUUGAGGCUAAAGGAAUUUUGGAGAGAACUUGGAGGCAACUUUGCUGCCAAGCUCGCACAUCUUGCCGAGAUGGAGGUGAAACAUAGAUUCAAUCAGAUACUAGAACUUGGUUUUCCAUUGGGUGGACUUGCCAGGCUAUUUGCUCAAGAAUGGGAGGGCGAUGUCACUGUUGUUAUGCCGGCCACACUUGCUCAGUACUCAAAGAUUAUACAAAACCCAUCUUAUCUGGAACUGCAAAAAGCGGCCAACCAAGGGAGAAGGUGUACUUGGGAGAAGCUCUCUGCCAUUAAAGCAAACUGUGGUACUGAGCUUGCUCUUGACGAGUGUGUUGCGAUCCUCAACCACAUGCGGAGACUCAAAAGGAGUGCUGAGAGAGCUGCCGCUUCUUCUCACGGCCUAAGCAGCACAGUCAGAUUCAACGCUUCUCGAAGGAUUCCUUCUUGGAACUGCAUUGCUCGAGAGAAUUCAACUGGCUCUCUCGACGAUGACCUCCUUGCAGAUGCCGCUUCCUCGUUCCAUCAAGGAGCCACUGGAUCCGCCACAAGUGGACCUUCAAGUAAAAAUUCGCGAACCCACCGGAGCGUACAUGAUGGAAGUGAUAGUGAAUCUGAGAACAUUGAUCUAAAUUCUUGGACGAGAUCUGGUGGGCCAUUGAUGAGGACUACAUCGGCAAAUACGUUCAUCGACUUUGUCCAAAAUUUGGACAUCGAUACGGAGCUGAACAGAGGUUUGCUUAUCAGUCCCAACUCAAUGGCACUUCAAAUGGCAAGCAACAACGAUUAUUUCCACAGCCCUAGGGGGACUCUUUCUGAUAGAAGUUCAGAAAGCACGGACUUUGAUCAGAGGGAUUUCCGAGGCCGAGUUCCCAUGAACGGAUCAAGCAUCAUGGUCUCUGAAGGUGAUCUAUUGCAGCCCGAAAGGACCGAAAAUGGGAUUCUGUUCAACGUUGUGAAGAAAGACGAAUUAGCAUUGUCGAAUAGGAGUGGUCAUGAUCUGGAAAAUUACAACAGUGAAGUUGCUGAAUGCGUGCAACUUGACUGCCCGGAGAAGGAGAGCUCAGCAUCUGAAUGUGGUGAUACUGAUAUUGCUCCGGAAAACGACACAGAUAAAACUGAUCAUCAUACUAAUCCCACGGACCAUUCUGGUGCAGAAGAUUGCAAGGAUCAAGAGCUUCGUGAGUAAUCAUAUUGGUGAUUAUUUUGUUUACAGAUUCUUUACCGAAAUAGUCUGUGGAGUUUGGUUCCGAGGAUGCACAGAAUCUAAUGAGCUUUCUGUCUAGGAAUAUUGGUUGUAAGUAUUUGAUUCAAGCAACCAAUAUUUUUAUGAUAUCCCUCUAAAUGUUUAAAGGGUAUAUACACAUUCUGAACCAAUAAUAAUCUAAACCCAUAAUUAGAUUUCUGGAGUACUUAAAGUUUAAAAGGGUAUGCACAUUCUGUAACCAACCUUUUGUUUUACGUGCUAAAUUGCAGCCGUGAUUCAUAAACCUCAAUAUAAAUGAAAUCCAUU